AUGAAAUCGACAGCGGAAGAAAAGCAGCACCAAAAGCUGAAAGUUUUAGGUGUGUGUGGAGGUAUUGGACAAGGAAAGAGCACUGCUUCUAAGCUACUGGUCUCUGAUCUGGGCUGUAUUGCUCACCUAGAUGCCGAUUCGAUAGCACACUCUGUCUACAGUCCAGGCAGCCAGGCAGUGAAGGAUGUGGUGUCAGAAUUUGGAUCUAGGAUCCUCGCCGAAGGAACUAAUGACACUAUUGAUAGAAAGGAGCUCGGAAAGAUCGUCUUUGCUGAACGAAAUGAAAUGGCGCGGUUGGAAAAAAUUGUGUGGCCACACGUCAAGACUCUGCUCAGUGAAAAAAUUGAAGCUUUGAAACUGGACUGGGAGAAAGAAAAGAAAGACGAUGCUACUGCGAUUAUUGUGCUCGAGGCUGCAAUUUUGCUGGACGCGGGAUGGGAUGAUCUUCUUGAUGGUGUCUGGACAGUCCGUGCUCCAAAAUCCACAGCAGUGAAGAGGCUUGUCGAGACACGGAAUUUAGCAGAGGAGGAAGCAGAGAAGAGAAUAAGCUACCAGAAUUCAUCAAGGGGCAUAGGAAAUAUUGAUGCAGAAAUCAAGAGUGGCGGGAUCACUGCUGUCAUUGAGAACAAUGGAACGCUGGAAGAUCUGAAAGAAUCAUUGAAAAAUGCCAUCCAUGACCCAAAGUCUUGGAAAUAG